AUGGAUGAAUCAGGAGAGUCAAGCAGCAUUCGCGAAAAGUGCGAGACGGAUUUGGAACAGCUUCUUAUUCUCUAUAGAUUAUUGAUGUCCAAUGGAACCGAUUCCGAGCGGGUGAAAGCCACAUUUAAGCUAGCAAAGGUUUACUGCAGGUAUCUCCCAGGGGAUGUGUUGUCCUGCGUCAUCCCAAUUCUCGUCGAAUGUCUCCGCAGCGACCCUUUAACUGACUCACAAAAGGCCCUUCAGAUUGCUGCGGUUUACUGCUUAAAAUGCAUAGUAUCUCACUGUGAUGUGAGAUUGGCCGACGAGAUAGGCCGUUCCGGUGCUAUAGAACAUAUGCUGAGACUGAUUCCAGUGGUAUCGGAUGAUACUUUCCGUUUGAUUUUAGUCAAAUGCUUGUUGGUCUUGGUUAGUCUUGGAGAUGAGUGUCGUGUCAUUUUGGCACGGAUUGGUGGGUUAUCGGAAGUCAUUGGAAUGUUGAUUAGUAUUCGUUCGGACGUUCGCUUGGAGCAGUACUUGUUGGAGAUCUUGAGCGCGUUGGCGAUGCUUAAGGAGGUCAGGAAAGAGCUUGUUAGGGCUGGAGGCCUCAGCCAUCUCAUCCGGGCCACUUCUAGAGGUACUAUGGCCUCUAGGGUGAGGGCUAGUCAGGUGAUUGGUCUGCUCGGGGUUCCAAAAAGCAUGAGGCGGGCCUUUGCCAAGAGAGGGGCAAUACCGGCCCUCAUCAAGCUGUUUCACACCGGGGAUAUGGAGACGAAGCUUGUAGCAGCCAAUUCCCUUGGUUUAAUAUCAGCUCACACAGAAUCGAUUAGACCGGCUGGUCGGGCUGGGGCAGUUGAUGUAUUCGCCGAGCUUCUUGCUGGCACGGAGGCCCAGGGCCGCGAUAUUGCAGAGGAUGCGUUCUGUGUGUUGGCUGUCGCAGAGCAGAAUGCAAUUGAUAUUGCUGAUCAUAUGGUGAAGCUUCUAAGGGAGGGUGAUGACGAGACAAGGGCAGUGGCAGCUGAUGUUCUGUGGGACAUUGUGAUUUACAGGCACCGUGCACCGGUCAUGCUGAACUCUGGCGCCAUCCCGAUCCUGGUCCAGCUUCUAAGGGACCGUGGAGUUCAACCAGAAGCGAGGGAGAGGGUGUGUGCUCUUGUCUCACGUAUGUGUUACGAGAAGCGGGACCGGGACGCAAUCGCUGAUAUUGGGGCAAUCCCAUUACUGGCAGAUAUUGUAGAUCACGAUGAGUCGGAGGAUGUAAAAGAGUGUGCCUUGGAGGGUCUUUUAUGCUUAUACGAAGAUCCUGAUUACCAUGAUAAGGUUUCUGCAGCAAUAGAUGUCACCAAGUUGAGACAUGUAGAGGAUCUACUAGCGGAGAUCCGCAAGUCUGAUGAGCUCAUGCACCGAUCCUCGAGGUGGGUACACAGGUAUAGAUGGGAUCCCGACUUAAUAUAA